UACUAGGAGCUAACAUAAACUCUUGCAUCAGGAGAAACAGCUGCAUCUCAAACAGGCUUAGAAUUUAGAAUAGCAAAACUAUAUGCAAUCGUAAAAAUGGACACUUGGUGGCGCUCUCGACUAAGAGUGAAAAUACCAGCUCUGCAGAUGCCCAGGAAAUUAGAGUAAGCUGAAAAUUAGAACGCAGUCUGUUUCCCAGAAGAAGACAUUUAACUGUGAACCAGGGGAGAACCCCCCAGGGAUAGUAAGGCAUUAAAAAAGAUUUAAUUCGAGGUUUUUCACCAAACUAUCUUUGUGGAUUGAAAACAACUUGAAGAAGCAACACCUUCAGGACUGCAUCUGAACAAUGGAGACAACCCUAGCAAAAACACCAGAGAAAAGGCAAGUGGUUUUUAUGGCAAUGUUGUUACUUUUGUGGGAAUCUGGCUCUGAGGCAAUUAGAUAUUCCAUUCCAGAAGAAACUAAGACUGGCUACUUGGUGGCUAAUCUGGAUAAAGAUCUGGGGCUCAGGGUAGAGGAACUAGUUAUCAGAGGGGCUAGAAUCCAUCACAGAGGAAACAAAGAGCUCUUGCAGCUGGAUGCAGAGACUGGGAAUUUGUUCCUGAAGGAAAAACUAGAUCGUGAGGAGCUGUGUGGGGUGACAGAACCCUGUCUGCUGCACUUCCAGCUCAUACUGGAAAACCCUGUGCAGUUCUUCCAAACUGACCUGCAGCUCACAGACAUAAACGACCAUUCUCCAGAGUUCCCUCACAGAGAAAUGCUCCUGAAAAUCCCUGAGAGCGCCCAGCCAGGGACUGUGUUUCCUCUGAAGGCAGCUCAGGACUCUGACAUAGGGAACAAUGCUGUUCAGAACUACACAGUCAGCUCCAACCUCCAUUUCCAUGUGGUCACUCUCAGUCGAGCUGAUGGCAGGAAAUACCCAGAGCUGGUGCUGGACAAAGCCUUGGACAGGGAGGAGCAGCCUGAGCUCACUUUAACCCUCACUGCUGUGGAUGGAGGGUCUCCACCCAGGUCUGGGGCGACCACAGUUCGCAUUGAAGUCGUGGACAUCAAUGAUAACGCCCCCCAGUUUGUACAGUCGCUCUAUGAGGUGCAGGUCCCUGAGAACAGCCCCGUGGAUGCCUUAGUUCUGAUAGUCUCUGCCAGGGAUUUAGAUGCUGGGAUACAUGGGAAUGUAGUCUACUCUCUGUUUCAAGGUGGUGGAGCUUCUCAACCAUUUGUAAUAGAUGAAGUCACGGGAGAAAUUCGUCUUAAAGGGGCAUUGGAUUUUGAAACAACUCCCUUUUAUAACAUGGAAAUUAUAGCCACAGACAGUGGAGGCUUUUCAGGGAAAUGCAGUGUAACUAUACAGGUGUUGGAUGUGAAUGACAACGCUCCUAAACUCGCCAUAUCUUCACUCACUAAGUCAAUCCCAGAAAAUGCUCCUGAAGCUGUAGUCGCUGUUUACAGUGUUUCUGACCCAGAUUCUGGGGACAAUGGAAAGAUGGUGUGUUCUAUUCAGAAUGACCUUCCGUUUCUUUUGAAGCCCACAUUCGAGAACUAUUACACUUUAGUGACAGAGGGACCACUGGACAGAGAGAGCAGAGCAGAGUCCAUCAUCACCAUCACAGUCACCGACCUGGGCACACCCAGGCUCACAGCCCAGCACGCCAUAACAGUGCAGGUGUCCGAUGUCAACGACAACGCCCCUGCCUUCACACAAACCUCCUACACCCUGUUUGUCCAGGAGAACAACAGCCCCGCCCUGCACAUAGGCACCAUCAGCGCCACAGACUCAGACUCAGGCUCCAAUGCUCUCAUCACCUACUCGCUGCUGCCCACCCACGACCCGCAGCUGGCCCUCUCUUCGCUCAUCUCCAUCAAUGCAGACAAUGGGCAGCUGUUCGUGCUCAGGGCGCUGGACUAUGAGGCCCUGCAGACCUUCGAGUUCCGCGUGGGCGCCACAGAUCAAGGCUUGCCCGCGCUCAGCAGCCAGGCUCUGGUGCGCGUGCUCGUGCUGGACUUCCAGCUGCUCAAGGCCACGGAGCCAGGGCUGUUUACCGUGUGGGCUCACAAUGGCGAGGUGCGCACCUCCAGGCUGCUGAGUGAGCGCGAUGCUCCCAAGCACAGGCUGCUGCUGCUGGUCAAGGACAAUGGUGAUCCUCCUAGGUCUGCCAGUGUCACUCUGCAUGUGCUGGUGGUGGAUGGCUUCUCUCAGCCCUACCUGCCUCUGCCCGAGGUGGCGCCCAACCCUGAGCACCAGAAUGACUUGCUCACACUCUAUCUGGUCAUUGCCUUGGCAUCUGUGUCUUCACUCUUCCUCUUGUCUGUGCUGCUGUUCCUGGGGAUGAGGCUGUGCAGGAGGGCCAGAGCGGCCUCUCUGAGUGGCUGCUCUGUGCCUGAGGGACACUUUCCUGGACACCUGGUGGAUGUCAGCGGUGCUGGAACCCUCUCCCAGAGCUACGAGUAUGAAGUGUGUCUAACCGGGGAUACUGGGACUGGUGAGUUCAAAUUCCUCAAACCCAUGAUCCCCCAGCUGUUGCUUCAGGAUCCUGGGAGAGAAAUUAAGGAAAAACCCCACUUCAGGAAUAGCUUUGUAUUCAGUUAGCUCUUGUAUUUGAUUGGGUGAAUUUAUUUUUGCCAAAUCUACAGCAAAAUGUUUCUCUUGAGUGAAUUAUAUUGUAUUGGCUGUGUAAUCAAAGCAUAUAUUCCCUCCAUUACUAAAAUGUUUUUUUUUCUUUCUUGGUAUCUAUUGCAGUGAGAAGUUUCAGGUAUAAUGACCAUUAGGAACAAAAUGUAUCUAUGCUUCAACAUAGGUUUUACUUUAGCUCAAGUAUUAGACAACAAAAGAUAUUUUACUUGACCUGCUUUGGGGUGUGUAUGGGUUUUGUUUUGUUUUGUAUUUUUUUUCGGACAGGAUCUCACUAUUUCUGAUGGUUCCAGAACUAACUAUCUCUAUCUAUCUAUCUAUCUAUCUAUCUAUCUAUCUAUCUAUCUAUCUCUAUCUAUCUAUCUAUCUCUAUCUAUAGACAUAGAUAUAGAUAUAUCAAGGGUGGCCUCAAACUGGUAGAUAUCCAUCUCUCUCUGUCUCCUAAACACCACCUACUUUACUGUUUUUACCACAAAUUUUUAAGUUUUUAUACCCAAGAUAUUUACAUAUUUUUCAUUUUAUCCUGUUGCUAUUGGAUAUUAAAUAUAGGACCUCUUAAGGACUCACCAUACAUUCUGUUAGUGAGCUCACUCACAACUGAAAUUCCUUAUGGUUACCCUGAGUAGUCUUUAGUCUAAUAAUUAACAUUCCUGUCUUUCAAAUUAUAAACACUCAGUGUAUCAAAAUAUUAAGACACAAGAAUUAUAACCUUUUUCUUCUUAUGUGGAUCACAUAUGUUAGAGGUUGUCUGUAUUAUUUGCCCACCACAUAGCUAGCACAAAUAUUAAUUUUAACAAUCUCAUUUGUAAAAAGGUAAAGGGAUAACCUUAUGUAUUGUUAAUUUGCCAACUCUGUCACUAAACAAAUGUGUCAGAGACUGAGGGUAUAAUCAUACAUACAUGCCAGACCCUACAUACACUUCCAAGAAACAAAAGCAGCAAUCAAACAGACAAACAACCGCACCUGUUAAAUCAGUGAUUGAUACAACACUGUUCAAAAACUAAUCUGAAUAGCAGAAGUAACCACUGAAAUCCUCCAAAGAAUCAAGAUAUUUCAUGGUCUCAUUUGAUCUUUUUGAUCUAGCAAUGAAAGUGUAAAUGGAGCUCUUGUGGUUUUGUGUUGUGAACUGGAGAUUGAGAACCACCUGCCUUCUGGGCAUGCCUAUGGAGGAUUAUCAUGCUAGGGUAACUGAGAUGGGAAAACCAUUGUGGAUGGCACUAUUCCCUAGGCUGGGAUCCUGGACUGUAUGAGGAGGAGAAAGUGGGCUGAGCACAAGCCUCAUUGCUCUCUUUUCUCUGCCUGGAGAUGCACUGUGCUCUUGUUCAAACUCCUGUCUUUCACCUUCCCUAUCAUGGUGUAGUCUUGAACUGUGAGUCAAAAACCCUUCCUACUUUAUCCUGGAAAUAGGAAAAGUAACCAAGACAGCCCAAAUGGAAACCACACCCAUAGACCUGUGCAUUCUAAGCAUGCUGUUCCCUGUGGCCCUGUUCUAGUUUAUAGUAAUAUAUACGUUUCCUUUGGUUUUCCUGCAACUUCUCCUCACCUUUCAAAAGACUCUGGAGAUUUCUGGAAAUUUCAAUAUUCUAUUUGAUUCUGGUUAUUCAUUCUGAUAAUUUUCACUAUUUUCUUUUAUAGAUAUGGAAAGCAAAACAAUGCUUUUUGUGAUAUUUAAUAAUUAUCUCCUGUUUCGGUAUUUGUUGUAACUGUGAAGUAUUCUCAAUAAUUUAAUUUUUCAGUUGUGCUAACUAUUGCAUAGUACAAAAAUUAAUGGUUCUUAAUUAAACUAUAAUUAAUUUUAUUGAAUUAAAUUAACUAAUGAUUAAGCUUAUUGUGUAAUUGAUACCUAGCCAAAUUUGUAUGGAUAUAACAGCAAGAAAACUUUAUUGAACCUUUGGCAGAGUAUGAACAAUUGAAGGGCUUGGUUUAUAAUCUAGUAUCUUUAUAUAUUUACUUUUUAGUAAGUGUAUAUUCACUGUACAAAGCAAUGGAUUUCUUAGGAAGUUUUCAUGCCUGCAUGUAAUAGAUACACAAUGAUCAUGUUAACCCUUUGUUUGUUUCUAAAUCUCAAGUGUCAUCUAGAGUUAAAAUAAUUGCAUCUUUCCCUUAUUUAAUGUUUCCUCACCUAAGGAUGUAAUGAAAUAUAAAAAGAAAAUUGCUGGCCAUCUCU